UCCGAAGGCAGUAGGCUCGGAACAGGAGCUUGAGAACGGCAGCCAUAGAACCUUGAUCGUCCGAGCGAGCUAACGAACUGGGCGCGGCGCAAAGAAGACCGACUGGACCAGGCCAGGACUUGGGUGCCUGCUGUCAGAUCAGUCUCUCCAACAUAAGAGCCUUGCCACUGUUUUCUGGGGACUUUGGGAGGUGGGGACGGCCGUUGAAGACAAGAGUCCGGGAAGAGUAGAGCAUUGCAGGGGAACCCCGGCUUAGCACUGAGGCGCAUUCCGGAAGCCAGAAGCAAUAGAUCAGACUUAAGCCUCUCAAGGCGUGCCCCGAGGACAUCCAGGCAUCUGAUCUCCAGUGCCUCAGUGGUCUGUCUCCUCCUCCCUGCCAAGGGGGGCGUCGGGAGCAGCCGGCUAGGCGCGCGGGCGCCUGAAUGUGCACGAAGAUGGAACAACCUUUCUACCACGAUGACUCGUACCCGGCCGCAGCUUAUGGCCGGGGAGGUCCCGGCCCACUCGGACUCCACGACUACAAGCUGCUGAAACAGAACCUGGCUCUCAAUCUGGCCGCUGCCACUGACCCCUACCGCGGCCUCAAGGCGCCAGGGCACGGUAGGGGACCGGGGCCAGAGGACGCGGGUGGCGCCUACUUUUCGGGACCGCCACCUCCUCCUCAGAACGAGGCCCCAGCGGGCUCGUUGAAGCUCGCGUCUCCGGAGCUGGAGCGCCUCAUAGCGCAGAACAGCAACGGGCUCAUCACCACAACGCCCACGCCGCCGGGCCAGUACUUCUACUCACGCAGUGUGACGGAGGAGCAGGAGGGUUUCGCAGAUGGCUUCGUCAAAGCGCUUGACGACCUGCACAAGAUGAACCACGUGACGCCCCCCAACGUGUCACUGAGCAGCAGCAGUGGCAGCUCCGGGACCGCAGGGCCCCCAGCUCCUCCUAGUAGCGUUUAUGGUCCCUCGGCUCUGGGCCCUGAACCACCUCCUGUCUACACCAACCUCACCAGUUACAGUGCCAGCGGAGGUAGUGGGGGUGCGGGCGCAGGGGCCGCGGGCGGCUACCCUACUGCCACCAUCAGCUACCUCCCACACGGACCGCCCUUCCCCGGGGGCCACCCAGCAGCGGUGGGGCUGAGCGCUCGGGCUGCGGGGCCGCUGGCGGCCUUCAAGGAGGAACCUCAGACGGUGCCCGAGGCGCGCAGCAGGGACGGGACACCACCAGUGUCACCCAUCAACAUGGAGGACCAGGAGCGCAUCAAAGUGGAGAGGAAACGACUGCGAAACCGGUUGGCUGCUACCAAGUGCCGCAAACGGAAGCUGGAGCGCAUCGCGCGACUCGAGGACAAGGUGAAGACGCUCAAGUCCGAAAACGCUGGGCUGUCGAACACGGCCAGCCUUCUCCGUGAACAGGUGGCGCAGCUCAAGCAGAAGGUGCUGAGCCACGUCAACAGCGGCUGCCAGCUGCUGCUGGCCGUCAAGAUGCAGAACUUCUGAGCCCACGCGCGGCCCACCCACGGACCCGGCUGCGUGACUGACUCUCCCCCUCACGCCCCCGACGCGCGUGAUUCUGCCCGGGUAUGGGCGGGCCGCAGACUCUGAGACGCGAGAAGGGAGGAGGGCAGGGCUACCUGGAGGGCACUGGACUGGACUGAGGGGCCCCGCCCAGCGCGCCUGUCGGCUCGCUCCCUUCCUUCCCUACUCACCCAUCGGUUCCAAUCUCGAAGUUUACAAGCCCCACCUUGGCCCAGGCCUUCACAUCUUGGGGCGACCCUCUGUACUUCUUGUUUUGUACGGUCUUUGUUGUGUUUUUUUUUCUGCUGGAAACAGACCCGAUUCAUAUUGAAUAUAAUAUAUUUGUGUAUUUAAGAAAGAAGUUCUAUCCCCGCGGCGGAGCUGGCCCCGCCGCCAGUACAUGGCCCCAGCGGUAGUGGGGAAUGGAGUGGAGGGGGCCCCUAGGAAGGGACGCUCCUGUCCUGCCCACCCUGCCUGCCCCGAGGGCUCUAUCGGGUCUCCCGAAGCACUUGGGUUUUAAA